AUGCCUUCUCCUCCGGCGCCGGAGACGGUGGUGAGCCAUCGUUUCUUAGCCUUUCUUAUCUGGCAAUCGAUACCUUCAUCGGUUAUCUUCAUCUUCUUCAACCUCUUCCUCUUCUCAAGCACUUCAAUCGUCUCCUUUCUCUUCACUUUCCUCGUCUUCCAAUCCUCGCAGCUUCUUUUCUCCGUCUCACUAGCUCUCCUAUCUUCUCCGACCCCAGAUUCUCCUCUCUCCGUUCUCCAAUUCGCUCUCGGACUUCUCCGUCACUUAUCCGAUCCGGAGUUUCGCCGCCGUGCUCGCGUAUCCUUGCGAAUCGUGCUCUUCGUCUCCGCUACUUCCCUCGCCGGAUUCUGCUCCGCGGCUGUGUUUUGCUUCUCGAGUGAUUCGAUUGGUGCGAUUGGAAGAAUAGGGUUUAGGGGAUUUGUGACUGGGUUGCUUUACGCAGUGCUUUUCGUUCUUAAGCAGAGAUGGGUAUUAGAGUUUCCUAUCAUUCAGCGUCCACCGUUCUUCAGCUUCAAGAUUGGUCUUCCUUCAGCUUUUACACAAGCUUUGAAGCUAUCAGGUGUGUUGUAUGUACUGUCGACAAUAAUGCUAUUGUUUCUGCUAGAUUGGUCUGGUGGGCUUGUGUCUGUAUCGAGAUUCUUGGUUGAGCAAGUCAUAUCUUAUGCGGGCAGUUUCUGUCUGAUUCUCUCUUGGGAAGUGACUCACCAUAUACAUCAGGUUCUGCACACAAAACGGUUCAGUUUUGCUCCUCCAAAAGGAUCUGCUGCAGCAGAAACGAAUCCAAGCGAGCCGCUUCUUGCUGCAUUAGAGGGUAGUAGUCCAGGUUCACUCGAGCAGUCUCUUGCAUAUCUUGAUCUCUACAUGGUGUCGCAGAAUCAUGUCGACACAUGGCGUCGUGCUGCCUUCUUCGAGGAGUCCAGCGAGACUUACAAAAGAGUAAUCACUCUAUGCUUGAGGCCUUUAGAAGAGCUUGCAUCCAAGUUAUCUGUUGGGCUAGACCAGACCUUUACCGAAAAAGGCUAUCAGUCACCGCUCCAACAGCCAACCGAGUCAUAUAUCGAUCCUAAAUUUGGCGAAACACUCAAGUCUUUUCAGCUAUAUGCAUGGUGUGCUCAAACAACUGCAUCCCUAACUGCAAUCUCUCACAAAGAAGACAGGCUUGGAGUAGCACAACUCUCUGGUGGGAACGCCGAUGUUGUCUCAACGCUUCUAUCUCUUUUGCUAGCUGUUGAAACGUUUAUGGGGAAGAAGACCAAUCUGCAAUCGCCUCAACAACUUAUGGGACCUGCUAGUAUCAAAUGGGCGACCUCGAGUAUGAUCAGAAAAGAUGUUAAGCCCAUCAAAAGGAGAAAUGGGGCGAUUUACUCCUACGCGUACGCAGCUACAGAUGUUUUGAGGAUAUCGAUAUACCAGAUUCUUUCUACAUUCCGCGAUGAGAUGCUCAAGAGUGACAGAACCGGGCUUCUUGGCAGAGAUUGGAUUGGAAGCAAGAAACCGUCUUUCGGAACAAACGAAAUGUUGCUUCAGAAGCUUAAGCUCUUCCUCGAGUUCCAAGCUUAA